CCUUCCCAGUUGUAAAAUAUCAUGGCAUUUUGAAAUUAGCCUCAGACAUUUGCAGUCUUUUCAAUAACGGUUAAAAGUAAAAUGAAUAUCGGAGAUCUCUAUUUCAGCAGGGCCAAAUUUGUAAUGUCCUUUUUAGGGGUUUGGAUGCCCCCACGAAAUGAGUCUAUUAUGCAUAAAUGCUAUAGGUUUUUCAUGCUUUCAUUGCAAUAUAGUUUCCUUGUAUUCCAAGUGAUAUAUAUAUGUCAAGUAAUGGGGGACCUUGGGGAAAUCUCUGAAUCGUCUUUCCUGCUCCUCACCCAUGCUAGUCUGUGUUUCAAGAUCACCGUGUUUCACAUUAAUAUAGAAUCGUUCAGGGAACUCCUGGCUCAGAUGAACUCUGAAACUUUUAUGCCUCAAACUGAGGGGCAUGAUAAGAUCUUGAAACUGCAGGCUUCGAGGAUCAAGAGGCUGCUGUUAGCAUUUAUGAUCAGUUCUCAGGCUACCAUUAGCCUGUUCGCUCUUAGUUCGCUGUUCGAUGAUGCUAAUAGAAAAUUUCCUUUUAAACUAUGGAUGCCGGUCAGUCCAGAAUCCUCGCCGCAGUACGAGCUCGGCUUUAUGUUCCAAUUCGUGACCCUCUCUAUGAGCGCGUUCAUGUACUUCGGUGUGGACAGUGUUUGUCUGUCCAUGGUCAUCUUUGGCUGCGCGGAGAUUGACAUUAUUAAAGAGAAGAUUAUGAACGUUAAGCCAAUAGCGGAAAGACGCGUUAAUCGGUCCGUUACCGCCAAGAACAUUUUGGACGAGCACUACAAAAUUCUGGUUGAGUGUGUGGCGCAUCAUCAAGCCAUAGUCAAGUUCAUCGAGCAGGUGGAAGACACGAACCAUUUGUACUUGCUCUUUCAACUCAGCGUAAGCGUCGGGUUGAUCUGCAUGUCAGCUUUACGCCUACUAGCGGUGGACUGGAAGAGUGUCGAGUUCAUGUCAGUAGUGAUGUACUUGCUGGUGAUGGUCAGCCAGCUCUUCGUCUAUUGCUGGACCGGCCACGAGCUCACCGCUACUAGUUCGGAGCUUCACACGGUGAUGUAUGAAUGCUGCUGGUACGAGCAGGACGUCCGCUUCAUGCGCGUGCUGCUGAUCACGAUGCUGCGCGUGGGCCGGCCGCUGGAGUUCCGCGCCGGCCGCUACGUCACGCUGUCCAGGCAGACCUUCGUUGCGAUUCUACGCAUGUCCUAUUCGUAUUUUGCUGUAUUACAGCAAGCUAGCAAUUGAAACCAAGUUUUAGAAUUUGAAUUCAAACUCAAUCUAUUUGUUGUAGGUACGAAUAGCUCGAGUUAACAUUCUUUUUUUUUGACAUUUGCUAUGAUUAUCAGCUACUCAUAUAUGUGGUACAAAAACAUUAAAUUAACUGCUUCUUAAAUAUAUUAAUUAUUUAGUGGCUCGAUUAACGUUUUUUUAAAUCAAACUCGUAAUUUGUUAAUCGCAUAGUAAUUUACAUACACAAAAUAUUUUGGUUUAUUUAUGAAUACCAAUUUAACCUGGCUCCAUAACCUGUCAUGGCGCUUAUGGAAAAAUGAACUCAGUACAAGUAAAACUCAGAAGCUGAAAUCUUAAUCUUAAGCAUAUGAGCUAUUAGCAAUAAAUGAAUUCAUAAAACAUCAUUAUAAUCAUGUUCACCCAAUAUUCCUUUUAUUC